GAAACUGCUAUACAAAUGUCUGCGAUACAAACCGUAAUACAAAAAGACAGAACCGCAAUACAGACAGCCCCCCACACCCCACACCAACCAGCUGCCAAGCCUGCUGAGCUACGUUAUGUGAAAAUUCACAAUUUUGUUCAUUUUUAAACAAAUCCAACAAUUAGCUAUAUAUUCAAAGAUCUGAUACAGUCAUUCUUUCUAAGAGAAAAGUUCCCUGUAGUUUUUUCCAGCUCUUAAACAGCCUGGCAUUUCUUCAGUUCCCAGGUUUGCUGCAUUACCAACAUUUUGAACAUGAAAACCACAUGUUUACUUCUCUUUCGAUCACUACCAACCAGUUACCCUUAUAUGGAACUGUGGCAUGUUUUUCUCCUCCACCCUUCAAACCUUCAGUCUGAGCCAAAGUCACUUUUCGUCAUCUGCCACACCCCUCCAGUUUUUUUCCCCAAGGCAACAAGGCAUACUGGUUUAUCCUAGAGUUCACUCAUUGCUCACAUUCCCCCAUAUAAGGCUGUGACACAACAGUUUCACUGAAACUAGACAGCACACAGAGACCUUGCCUGUGGCUUUGCUCUGUGGGAGCAACAGAAUGUCUCGCCGGAGUAGUGUGGCUGACCAGGGCCGGUACAGCACAACAGGGAAGUCUCAGAGAAGUGAAUCAUAUGGCAGGUACAGCAACCCAAGACCCAGCAGCUGGGACGGUCAGCGGAAUGUCCUGUGUGACUUCUGCCUGGCCAAGAAGAUGAAGGCUGUGAAGUCCUGUCUUACAUGCCUGACCUCGUUCUGUGAGACCCACCUGCAGGCCCACUACGAAUACCCAGCACUGAUGAAGCAUAAGCUGGUUACAGCAACGGGGCAGCUGAGGGAGAAGAUCUGCGCCGAACAUGACAAACUGCUGGAAGUCUUCUGCCGCUCUGACCAGACAUGCGUUUGCGUUCUGUGUAUCAUGGAAGAACACAAGAAACAUGACAUCGUCUCUGCUGCAGCCGAGAGGACAGAGAAGCAGAAACAGCUCGGGACUAAGCUGAUGGCCUCUCAGCAGAAGAUUGAUGAGAGAGUGAAGAAGUGGCAGGAUCUGAGGCAGGCGGCGGAGUCUCUAAAGCACUCAUCUCAGAAUGUGCUGGAGGAGAACGAGAGGAUCUUCACUGAGCUGAUGCGAGCACUGGAGAGGAGAUAUACAGACGUGAAGGAGAUGAUUAGAGCUCAGGAGGCAGCUCUGAUGACUCAGGCAGAGAGACACCUGGAUCGAAUGGAGGAGGAGAUCACUCUGCUUAGGAUGAAGCACAACGAUCUGGAGAAGCUGUCACACUCUGAUGAUCAUAUCCAUUUCCUACAGAGCUGGCAGUCUCUCUCUGCACCCUCAGGGUAUGAAGACCUGUCCAAGGUGACACUGGCCCAACAGCACUCUUUUGACAAAGCAAAGAAAGCCAUCUCGGAGCUUAAAGUGCAGUUAGAGGACGUAAGUAAGGAUGAACUGAGCAAGAUCUCAUCUGCAGUAAGGGAAGUUCAAAUUCUGCACGCUCUGGAACCAAAAACAAGAGAAGACUUUUUACAGUAUUCCUGUCACCUUUCACUGGAUCCUUUAACAGUUCACCCUAACCUGCACCUGGCUGAGGGGAACACAGUGGUGCACAUGAGCAGUGACCCCAAGCAUUACCCUAACCCUGAGCGGUUUGACCACUGGCAGCAGGUGCUGUGCAGGGAGAGCUUGUCUGGCAGCCGGUACUACUGGGAGGUGAACUGGAGCGGUACAGAGAUUGACAUUGCUCUGACUUACAAGGCAGUUAGCAGGAAAGGCAGCGACAACAUCUGCAGCUUCGGAUGGAACGAUAAAUCUUGGAGCCUGUACUGCUCUGAGUCCAAAUACUCCUUCAUGCACAACAACAAAAGCACCACUCUACCAGUGCCCACUUCAUCCAGAAUAGCAGUGUAUUUAGACCACAAGGCUGGAACGCUGGCCUUUUACAGCGUGUCAGACACAAUGACUCUUCUCCACAGGGUGAACACCUCAUUCACUCAGCCACUCUACGCAGGGUUUGGAGUCUGGGGUUUUGGAACUACUGUAAAGAUACUAUAAAAGAGUCGCAUACAUUCUUAAAAAUAAGGGUUCUUUUAUGGCUUUUUUGACUUGGAGGUUUUAGAAGAACACUUUAUAAUGGUAUAGAAACAUUACAUCAUAGACAUUAUUUAUACUUUAAAAAGAUUCUUCACACUCCUACAUCUCAUUUACAAUAACACUUCUUUAAAGAACUGUCCAUUUGAAGGUUUAUUUGGAACCAAAAGUGGUUCUUUUCUGGCAUCAUUCCAAGAAAUCAUUCUUGGUACCCUUAUUUCUAAGAGUAUAAGGUCUCUUUUUUUGGUCAUUUAACCAAAGGACCUACAGUUGUAUGCAAAUGUUUGGGUGCUCCUGGUCAAAUGACAUGCUAGAA